CACACGGCGUCUUCAUGGGUAAUUGGAUCUGAGGUCUUGUCCUGGUUCCUCCGUCACGGCGUCAACACAGCGAACCACACCGGAGUCAACUGCACUACGAGGAGUCGUCGUCCUCGAUCUCGCCCUCCUCCCUCUCCUCCGCGCCCGCCGACGCGGGCCGUGUCUCCGUGUCCUCGGCCAUGCUGCCAACUGCAGCGAUGCGGUCUGGUGUCGGCGCCGACGGAGUUCCCGUCUUCUUCCCUGCAUCGCGAGCGCAGUGCCGGCCUGCCUACGUCGGGGUUGCUCGCCACAUGGCCGACCCGGAGGUGGAGACGCUGCGACCAGGUUCAUUACCAAGCCGCAUCCCUGAACCUCCAUAGCGAGCGCUGUAGAUGCAGUACCGCCGCCGUAUCCCGCCCCCAUGAUCCAAACGCGCAGGCCAGAUCCGCCGCCGCCGGGAGCAGCACAGAGUCGUGGUCGUGCACUACCAUACAGCCUCAAUGCAUCAACCCCGGCCAUCUCUACGUGGGACGACUAUGCCUCGUCAUAGAUGACCUCCAACACCGUCCUGCUGCCCAAAAAGGAACGAAGCAUCCGGCUCUCAGACGACUUCCCCUGCCCCCGCUAAGAUCGCCCCUUUUAAACAGCUGAGCGGCAUCGCUCUUAUGGUCUCCGCCAUCAGCUUCGUGUCUCACCCUUUGGUGACCUCAAAAUCACAUGCGUAGUAUCAGUAUCAUAGUUGUAAUUACCAAUCCAUACAAUUGUUAUUAUUUCGCUGUUAUUUGCAGAUCUAUUAUCUGUGUGAUAAAGUUGGCUGGGUACUUUGGCCACUUUCACUGGAAAUAUCAAAGAUAGAAAGGAGCAUAUAUGGUUUCAUGCCUCUCAUGUUUCGGUACUGUACCUACAAAUUUUUAGAUAUACAUUGGACUAUGACAUAGUAUUAAAGUGCACCACAUUGACUAUAUCAUUGCCUCCAAAUGGUUACUUGAUCUCUGUAUUAUAGUUGAUGGUGUAAUCGAUGUUUCAGCUGGAUGUAUAUCUGUUACAGUCACUGGUUAUGAAAGCUUUUGAUUUGCUUAGUAACUUUUGCUGUAGAUUCUAGGUUUGUUUUGUCAGCUAACAGGACCUUCCAUACAUUAACAAAUAUAUUUUAGCUGAUUGUUACCUACUUGACUUCAUUUGGCCACACCAGCAAGUUACAUAUAUAUGUUGACUCCUGCAUGAAUGACAACAAUGUAUUGGCAUCUACCUGCUGAUCACGAGUUCACGACUGAGAUUCGAGAUGGAUAAGGUAUCCCUUCUUAACACGAAUAUGUGUUGUUUUCCUAAAAGAAAAACUUGACAGUUCGAACAUAGUUUUUAUAUUUACAGUUAUGCAAAUUAUGUUGGGAUCUCCUUAUUCUUAUGCUUUGUUAUUCAGGACACUGCCACUUUAGAUCAUCUUUUAAUUUUCUUUAUCAUGAACAUCUAUUUCAAUGUUGUUUCUCAGCCAUUGGUGUAGGUCAUUCAGAACCCACUCCAACAUUUGGUCGGGUUUGUUAUGUCUUUGCGUCCAUUUAAUUAGCCACUUGAGUUUUUCAAGUUAUCAUGCAUGUAUUACUGGAUAAUUCAUCACACUUUUAAUCUAUUGUAGACUAAGGAGAUUUAUGCUGCUACCCCAUAAGUAAUACUUCAAUGGUGAGCUACCUUCUGCAUUGUAGAGUUCUCUUUUUAAGAAUGAAUUGUCGUCGGGCAAACUGAAUAAAAUACUGUAGAGAACCGCGACAGCAAGGGUCUUCUCCUUUGCCAAGAGGUUAUUUCCACUACAGGGCUCCUGGUUCCAUGGCGUUCCUUAAGUCUUUGGUGGGCAUACUAAAAGGUGAGGGCACUCCUGGUCAAACAAGUGGAAUGAACGCAUGCUCUUUUCUCACAUUGAAAGACCAUAAACUGCUGAUGGGCACCUCAAGUUUCUCCCCCAUUUCAGCUGGCUUUGGAAGUCUCUUGCAAGCUCAAGUGCUCAGUUGUAAGGAACGCAGCCAAAGGAACACCGACACCCGUAAGAAACUGAAGACAAAAGACAUAAUUGGAUCAAAAUCUUAUUUGCAACUAAGUUCUGAGAAGAGAAACUUGGAAACUGGAGAAGAGUCAGAUUGUAUUGCUCUGUGGGAACUCACCCACACGAAGAAUGAAACAUGGUCUAACACAGAGUCCCAGUAUGUUUACGUACCCAUGCGUACUCGUCAACCUCGCAAUCCCAUGAGUUGACGAAAUGAGCUCUAGAGAGCAAUGAUGAUUUGGGAUCUCGUGGAUUGUCCUUACCACCGCUCCUUUCGCGUAAAGACUUCGCGUAUGUCUCCUACAUGGCCCUCACAUAGUUAUGGCUUAUUGUUCAUUAUGUAUCAUUUGCCCAUAUUGCCAUAUUCACUUUGCAUGCUAUGCUCAUUCCUAUGCCUUUGCCAUGCACUUGUGACCCAUGCUUUGCAUUACACAUGAUGAUUGAUUCUAAUAUUUGUAUGUGUAUUUGCAAGCUUGGUGGAGAUAUUGCUUCUUAUUGCCAUGUUUGCUUUGUGCUCAAUACCUAUGAUAAUACUUUGAUCUCGCUUUGUGUUAGUGCUUUCCAUAUGUCAUGUGCAUUGCCUAUGCCUCUAGUGUGUUGCAUCUUCGCUCCACUGAUUUGCACGACAUGAUUGAUAUGCUUGCUUCGUGUAGUGCAUCACCCAUUAUUCACACUUUCUCAUGUCAUGCGGUUGAUAGCCACUAUUGCCAUGCUUUGCAUAUGAUUGCUAUUGCUUCUUGUCAUAUAUCUUCAUGUGUUGCCUCUCUUAUGCUAAAUAAUUUUUCAUGUAUUGAGUGUAACAAUUAUUCUAGUCUUGGUAAUGAGAUUGCCCCCAUAGCAUUUUCUCUCUUAUAUAUAUAUAUAUGGAGAUUUUGACAUAUUUCUUGUAAAGCAUGCUUGUCUUACUUCUUUGCACCAUAUACCUAGUGCCAUGAGUAUAGCCAUUGCAUCAUAUUAUUUAUGCACUUUUGCUUCUAAUGGUUAUGUGCAAGAGAAGAGAACCAUCAUGAUGAAUGAUGUGUUUAUCUACCAUGCGCACACGCUCUUUGUUUUGUUGUGUGCAUGUGUAGGAUACUUGGACUUCGUGUCGACUUCCACUUCAUGUGAGUUGACAAUUCGAGCUCUUGAGAGCAAACCACCUUCUACCACGACGAGUCUACCUCGCACCUACUUGUACUUCGACAUUGUGAAGGACGCACAAGCACAUGCUUUCGAGGUGAUAUCCUUCUCUUUCGAGAAACACAAAACCAUGAGCAUGGAUAUUGUGGAUCACACUACUUGUGUUACUUUCACUAUGAGACUUAUUAGUCAUCUUGGACUACUUGAUUGCACACAUGUUAGAGAUAGUGCUUUCAUUCAUGAUUUUCACAUUGCUAUGCCUCAUGACAUAUAUGCCUUGUGUGUUGCAUCCAACUUGUUCAUUAUUUGCUCCUAUCAUAUGUUUGGUUGCAACAAUGUCAUUUCUUCACGUACGCCAUGCACCUUUGAUUGUCACAUGAUUGAAUUGAUUGCCUCACACAUGUUGAACAUUUGCUCUUUUCAUUUUGUUGAGUGCCACGAUAUCUUCACUACACCCUAUGAACAUUAUGCUUGGAUUGUCUUGCACUUGCCCCAUGUGUUUAGACACAUCAUUAUAUUUGGUGUUAUGGAUGAUUCUUAUGCCUAUCAUAGACCUUUUGUUGAGCACUUUGCACAUUCUUGCUAUGACCUUGAGGUAGAUACUUGUUCACUCGUCAAACAUAUUUGCAUCUCUACCUCCCAUUUGCAUGCUUGUUUCCAUGAUGUCCUUGAUUGUGCUCAAUUUAUAUGCUUAAAUGCCAUGCCACACUUUGUCAAACCAUAUGCUAUGCUUGAUGACGACACUUGUUGGGUGAAUCACCUCUUGAAUGCUUGAUUUUGCACUAACGCUAACCACAUUUGUUUUUCCAAGUGUUGUCUUUGCUCCUUUUGAAGGAAUUACAAGACGGUGUGACAUUGAAGAGUGCCCAUUUCAAGCUACAAGAUGAUGAUUGCUUGGUGAUCAUCAACUUCUACACGGCAACAUCAUCUCUUUCUGUAGCGACCCGACCUCAAACGGUCAAGCCUCUGUGUAUCUGUGUCAUCCCUGGAUCAGUAUGCUGGCACACACAGUACAUCAAUGUAUAUAUCAAAAUGCAAUCACAUAUAUAAAUAACGUAAAGCUGAUAUAUACCUCAUAAGUCUUAGCGGAAACAACAAAUGGGUGUGGAGUCCCAACAACGCCAUCGCAGGUUGAGUGUAGACCGUAACCCAACAACGAAACUCACUCGUCGUAGAAAUAAUCCUGCAACAUAAUACGUUGUAGCCGUGUAGGUCAGUACAUUAAAUGUACCGGCAAGAUCACAAUCAAAGAAAGCAGAUGAUAAAACUAUUCUA